AUGGCAGCACACAACGACGGGAGCUUGCCAUUAUAUACGCCGACAGAGGUCGCCACACACCAGAGCAAGCAAAGCCUCUGGGGCUUCAUUGAAGGCAGAGAAUCAGUGCACGACGUGAUAAACUUCCACGACGAUUCUGCAGGCGGCGCAGAUGCUUUCCAGGAUGUAGUAGGGAGCGACGGCACCGAGGCCUUUGAGUACGCGGGGCACUCUGCCGACGCCGUCCAAAAUCUCGAGGGAUUGACUUUUGGGGUGUUUGCCGAUUCGCAUAUAUUGGACGAAACUGGGUUCCAGGCCACCCACUCCGUCGGAUCGGGCAGUCAGUCAAAAGUCUUUGCUACGGGACUUCUCUUUGUGGCACUCAGCGCUGGCGACAUGAAGACGCUAGGAAAGAAAUAUGGGAACGAUGAGGGGGCGCAGAGCCGCAGCUCCAUGGAUGAGCUCGCUUGGGUCAAGGUCUUUAUGCUCGCAGUAGCUGUCUUGGUGCUUGUGGCUGUUUUGCCUUACCGCUGGAUUGUCCGGCUGUUUACACGCCGGAAGGACGUGUGGGAGUACCCGGCGUAUUUUCCGACGAGGAACGAUCCUGGUGUCUAG